AUGGGGGAGCUAGAGUUCUCCCGGCAUGGCGAGCCUCGGCGGCCUCCAGCCUGCGCGGGGCGUCGCCGCCGCCCACCCGGAGACCCUGCUCGCCCGCGCCCGCGCAGCUCCGGGUCGCGAAUGGCCCGGCCCGCGCCGGCCCAGCUUUUAUACCCAGCUAGCACUCGCCCCCUAGAGUCCGAGGCUGCCUCUGUCCCCGGGCGGCGGCGGCGCGGCGCCCGCUGGGUCCUAGCGCGCGGCCGGGAUGGAGCGGCGAACGAGCGGGGCCCAGCGCUGCGCUCCUCAGGCAGGCCGCGGCGCAACGCCCACCGCCGCCUCCUGCGCGACCAGCAGAGCCGCGGCGCUCGCUCCAAGCUCCGCCCCCGGCCCAGCUGUCGCCCCUGCGCCCUCGUGGUUGGUGGCGGGCCCUCCCCCCAGGCACCCAUAUCCAGCCACGGCUGGGAGCCUAGGAAGGCACCUCUCGGAAGACGGCGGAAUCCCACGGGCGGCGCCGCGCGGGGCGCUAGGACCCCGCGGGGAGCGGAGGCGGCCUCGGCCCGGGAGCCUGGAGGACCUGGCCGGUCGAUCCGCCCGGGCUGGAAAACUUUCUUUAUAAUUACUUCUCCAGGCCGGAGCGCGCGACUUGCUAGGCGCGCGGGACAGGCGUUGUUACCCGGCGUGGAGUCGCCGAUUUUUUUUCCUGAGAGACGAGCGGGCUCCGGGAAUAGCCGAGCUGGACGCCGGGGCGAGCAUGGGGAGGGGCGCACCGAGGGUGGAGACAAACUUGACUCUGGGGCCGGGAUCCCGAGGCGGGGGCCGCAGCCCGCGAGGCCCGAAGCCACCGCUUCCUCCCCCCACCCCCCAUUCAGGUGGGCGCCAACGGCGGGAGCGAGGGUGUCCAGGCCGCCAGGGCCGCCAGGUCGGAGCACCCACAGGGAGAACUCUGCCCGGUGGUUCGCCGGGCGCUGUGGUCCCCGGGAUCGUGGGGACCGAGGCGGCCGGGCCCUGGGGCCCCUUGAGUGUGGCACGCUUACGCUCUCACCGCGGCGGGGGAAGGAGCUUGCCACCGAGAACCCCAACCACGUGCGUCCCUCGCAUUCUUUACCGCGGCCGGGGUGGGGCCUGCGGACUGUCAGCUGGACCCAGAUGGGGUCUUGGGGGCCCUCAAGUGUCUCCUGCCCCUGCCCGCGCCGCCUUUCGCCACUGGCUCUGAGGCCUGACGCAGUCUGGGUCCCGGCUAGGCUAGAGGCGCGCUUGCCUCCAGGUGAGGGAAGACCCCCUUCACCGACAGUGGCCUUCUUGAAGACCUGGCAAGGCGCCACGACCCGCCCAGGAGCCCCUGAGGGGGCGCAGCUAAAAACACCGCUGGAGAGCCCCGAGCUUCCACGACGAUCGCAGUAAAGAAGCAGUUUCAUCUGGGCAACGCACAUUGCGCUUUAAUCAAGUUCCUAUUCAACAUAGUCCCGGUGAUUAAUAGCCCAACUGCUUCGUUUUCGGUCCAGAGCUCAUAAACAAGAUAUUUUUAGCUUGACGCUUUUGGACGGGAGGGAGUAAAAACCAGAUACGUUAAAUAAAUAACCCGAUGUGAGCCGAAGAGCUGCUUGCUGAGCCAAAUGCAGGACCCAUUCAUAUACCAUCCACCUGUGGAGGGAGACCUGGACGGAAAUCAAAAACACCCAGAGCGAUUUGCAUGUCUUUCUGCAGUGCUAAAACUAAUGGCUUUUCCUAGCUAGGAACAAAGAAACACCUCUGUACAUGCACGGUUCCCGGCCUGUGGAGUUGUGGGAGGAAGGCGAUGUCUGGCCUUUUUUGCACAGCUGCUGUUGCCUGCCCGGAGUUCGGGAACUCUGCCGGGUAGGACUGGAAGAAACCUCAGUAAUGGGAAUAAGAUUUCGUUCAAUAGGGGGGCUGAUGAAUGUGUGGAGGCGACAGUGGCAAGGAGUGGGGUUCCCGGCCUGGGGGUCUCCAACCCUAGGGGCCACAGGUCCUCCUACAAUUGAACCAGAAUUCACCCAGCCGAGCCUGCCUUGUGCAGGGUGCCAAGAGCCCAGGGAUGCGUGAGAAGGUGGCUUGUGCCUCUGGGAACCGGGACAGUGGGAGAGACUCAUAAGUUGUCACACAGAGGCUGCUGGGAGGAAGGAGGAGACAGAAGGAGUAGGGGAUGGGACUUCAUUCGUCCAUCAAAUGCACAGGAGGCACAAAUGGGAAUCAAGGGUGGAUGUGCUGUGAUGAAGAGACCUCCUGCCCUGAACAAGGUGGUGCUGUGGAGGAGGCAGAGAUCAGAUUUGUCUGGGGAGGUGUUAUCCACUGAACUGUGUCCCUGCCCUAAAUUCCUAUGUUGAAGGCUUAACCUCCUCCCAUGUGACUGUAUUUGGAGAUAAGGCUUUUAGGAAGUCAUUAAAGUGAGAUGAUGUCAUA